CACAGAGUAAUCUCAUGACCAAUCACUAAUUUAUCUGACGAUUGGUAAUCCAUCGACAUUCCUGAAACCAAUCAAGUACCUAACCGCAAAACAUAGUGUUCUUCAGCAAACGCUUCUUGACCGCGAGGCUGGCCCCAUUGUCCCAACGCGGUAAUUCUCUAAUGACCAUUUCAACAUGCUUAUACUUUGUCAUAUCGGAUAUUGCAAAUCAGUGCGGACUUAUCCAACAGCAUCUUAAUAGACAUCAACGACCGAAACUUACAACAGCCAGCAAACAUGCCGAGUGAUCUGAUUUUCAUCACAGGCGGUACUGGCCUCAUCGGCAUCAAAACCAUCCACUUAGCCCUUCAAGCCGGCUACUCCGUCCGUGCAGCAGUCCGCUCCCAAGCAAAGGCAGAUGCCAUCCUAGCUACCCCAACUGCCCAAGCCAUCAAUCCUGGACCCCGACUUUCUUUCAUCAUCGUCCCAGACAUCCUCGCAGACAACGCUUACGACGAGGCAGUCCUUGGCGUCAAAUUCAUCAUCCACUGCGCAUCCCCCAUAAUCAAAGGCGAAGGCUUCACACCUGAUCAAUAUGAAAGCGAUCUCAUUGCUCCAGCACUGAAAGGCACCUUGUCCAUCUUGACAGCAGCAUACAAGACACCGGGCAUCCAGCGCAUCGUCAUCACGUCCUCCGAAGUAGCUAUCAUCCCCUGGGAAGAAUUCAUCUCCAAGGAAGUCGACACCGUGUUCGACGACACGUACAAGAUUCCUUUCCCAGCCGGUCCGUACAGCAAUCCAUUCGAGGCAUAUGCUGCAAGCAAAGUCCGUGCAUUGCUCGCUACAAAUGAAUUUGUGAAGGAGAAGAAUCCGAAAUGGGAUAUCAUCAAUAUCAUGCCUUCGUUUACCAUUGGCGACAAUGAGAUGAUUACUGAUCCAAAGAAAAUCUCCGAUGGCACAGUCGCAGCUGCUAUUGCACAAGUUCUUGGUGGUGAUAGUGGAUGGGGAGCCGUCCCAAGCACCAGCGUCCAUGUCGCGGACGUUGCGCGAUUACAAGUCGAGUCUCUGGAUGCCAAGAUUGCAGGGAACCAGAACUUCUUAGCAGUGUCUGAAGGAGAGAGAGGUACAAGGUGGGAGGAAGCGAUUGAGAUUGUUAAUCGGAAUUUCCCUGAGGCUGUCAAGAAGGGAAUUUUGCCGAACAAUGGGCCUGCUACUACUAAGAGGACAAAGGUCGAUGCUAGUCGUACCGAGGAGGUCUUCGGAUUUAAGUUCCAGAGCUACGAGGAACAGGUUAAGAUUGUUGUGAAUCAAUACUUGUCACUGGUUGGUGAGCCGGCUGCGUAGAGCUAGAUGUGGGUAAAGCUGAAUGCUAGAAUUAAAUAUUUGUCCCUUG